AUGGAAGUAAAGAUAUCGGAUAAAACAGAAGAACCAGCACAGGUUCAACUCAAGCCAAAACGAAAAGUGGGGGGAUGGCCUCCAGCAUUUCUUCUGCUUGCAAAUCAAGCUCUAGCAACAUUUGCUUUCUUUGGUGUUGGAGUCAACAUGGUUCUGUUUUUGACCCGAGUCAUGGAUCAAGGUAAUGCAGAUGCAGCCAAUACCGUUAGCAAAUGGACUGGCACGGUCUAUUUGUGCUCCCUUCUUGGAGCAUUCCUUAGUGAUUCUUAUUGGGGUCGUUAUCUCACAUGCGCGGUCUUUCAACUGAUCUUAGUUAUGGGAUUGAUGCUUUUAUCCUUGACAUCUUGGCUAUUUUUAGUGAAACCUGCUGGAUGUGGAGACGGAGUUAAACAUUGCAUACCUACUUCGACGAAAGGAACACUAAUGUUCUACUUAUCGAUUUACAUGGUUGCGUUGGGGUAUGGAGGGCAUCAGCCAACCUUAGCCACUCUUGGCGCGGACCAAUUUGACGAGGAGGACCCAAAAUAUAAAGGAAAAGGGUCGAAAGGGGCUUUCUUUGCCUACUUUUAUGCUGCACUCAAUGUCGGGUCAUUGUUCUCAAACACAAUUCUCGUAUACUAUGAAGAUAUUGGUCACUGGACCACCGGCUUUUGGGUAGCUAUGGGGUCCGCAGUUGUAGGUCUGUUAUCAUAUUUUUGUGGUUCACUUCAUUAUCGGUAUGUUAAGGCAUCUGGAAAUCCUCUCCCACGUGUCGCACAAGUAUUCGUUGCUGCGAGCAGAAAAUAUAAGGUUGAGGUUGAUGACACAAAGCAAUUGUAUGAAGUCGAAGGUGUGGAGUCGGCUAUCAAAGGUAGUCGCAAGAUCCUGCAUAGCGAGGAGUACAAGUGUUUAGACAAGGCGGCAGUGGUGACAGAGAACGAUUUGUCAGGCCCACAUAACCAUUGGAGAUUAUGUACAGUGACACAAGUAGAAGAAGCAAAAUGUGUGAUAAGAAUGCUACCAAUUUGGCUAUGCACGAUUAUUUAUUCUGUCAUUUUCACGCAAAUGGCGUCGCUAUUCGUGGAGCAAGGUGCGGUGAUGAAUGCCUAUGUCGGAAGCUUUCAUUUGCCAGCAGCAAGCAUGUCGGUUUUUGACAUUGUAAGCGUCCUCAUAUGCACCCUGCUCUACCGUAAAGUGUUAGUCCCCUUAGCCGGAAGAUUAAGUGGAAACCCAAAAGGUUUAACAGAGCUUCAACGAAUGGGCGUAGGACUUGUCAUUGGACUUUUUGCAAUGAUCGCGGCUGGACUCACAGAAGUUGAAAGACUAAAACAUGCUAUUCCUGAAAAGCACUCGAGUACAAUGAGCAUAUUUUGGCAAGUGCCACAAUAUGUGCUUGUUGGUGCAUCCGAGGUUUUUAUGUAUGUUGGACAACUGGAGUUCUUUAAUAGCCAAGCGCCCGAUGGUAUUAAGAGUUUUGGAAGCUCACUUUGUAUGGCGUCGAUAUCUUUAGGAAAUUAUGUGAGUAGCCUUUUGGUCCAUAUGGUGAUGAUUAUCACGGCUAAGGGAGAUGAAGCCGGGUGGAUCCCAGAGAAUUUAAACGAUGGUCAUAUGGAUCGAUUUUAUUUCCUUAUCGCGAUAUUGACCGUGUUUGAUUUGGUACUCUACGUUUAUUGUGCUAAGAAUUACAAGUGCAUGGUGGAAGAAAAUGGCAACGAGCUGAAGAAGGAAGAAGUUUAAUCAUUUUGAAACGGUUUUACCAAUUUAAGUAUAUGUAGGUGUAGUCUUAAUUUCUUGGUUAUGUGUCUUUGGAUUUUCGA